GGACCUAGUUGUUGCGGAACAACGACACAGACGCCGGUUAGUGCCCCACCAGUGUUAGCGCAGCUCGAGAUUGGUUAUGUCGCUUUGCUACAUUGGAUCAGCGAGAUUUCUUUGUUGCUCUUCCGGCAGGCUAUUCAGGAUUCUAAACUGAUUAAACGAUUCAUUGAAGAUGAGCGCGAUGGCUGCUCGGGUUCAAAGUUCUUGCAAAAUGCUGCCAUGCAUGUCUCGGCUGCACUCAAUUUACCUCUCAAGUCGAAGAGUAACGUUUACAGCGUGCUCAGCUUCCAAAGUGGAUCCCCCAAAUGUUUCCGUUCUUUGUGAGAAGGCGCGUUUGACGCUUACUGCUGAGGAGGUCAAGGAUUUUGAGCCUCAAAUUGGGCGUAUUGUUGAUUGGUUCGCUCAACUCCAAGACAUAGACUUGGACAAUGUUCCACCCGCUAUCCGAGUUGGAGAGAUUGACCCAACAAAGACUCUUAGGCCGGACAUGGCCCAGUUAUUUCCUGAUAGAGAGGCCAUGCUAGCAUCUGCUCCUGACCGAGAUGGACCUUUUCUCAAAGUCCCCAAAAUCAUGAAAGAAAAUCAGGAGUGACAUUAGUACCAAGUGUUGCUCGACACAUAUGCUACUCACAUACAAAAAUUUCACCACCUUAGGACAAGUUAGUGAAAAUGCUGAUCUUAUGGAUUUAUCUGUAAUCUGAGAACCAGUUGAUUUCUCUGUUUUGCAAUCUGUGGUUCUUUGUACAUGGUAGCAGGGCUUUUGGAAGCUGUAGUGACUUGACGGCUUGCAUUCAUUGAUCAGCUCGAGUAAAAUGUCGUGUUGCAGAUUGCGUCAAGGAAGAAUAUUAUCCUCAA